GUACUGAUCACGCGGAAAUUCUCGCGAAUGUCAAGACUGUGAUCUUCAUUUCCAGAGCAUUGUUGUUACUCAAACAAUUUUAUUUAGCUUCGAUUAUUUUUGGAACUGAUUUCUGAGUAAUUUUAGGUGGAAAAUGAAUCAGGUGAAUAAUAACAAGAAUAAUUCAAAACAAGAAGAUCGAAAGCUGAUGCAUCCUGUGGUGAAUCCGGUGUUCGCAAAACCAACAGAAUUCCUAAAGCAUUUUGCUGCUUCUAAGAAACCAAGUUUAUCACUCUCAUCAUACCAGCCGAUUCCACCCAAUAUUAAGUAUGAAUCUCCAAUGGUUAAUCGAACUGGUGUACAAUCAGCAAUUUCAACAGAAACAAGGUCAAGUGAAUCAUCAAAAGGAGUAAACUUUCAGCGCAGCAUCAGCUCGAAUAGUCCCUCUUCAUCGUCUCAGUCGUAUAGACCAGAAUAUCAGUCUUUGACGACCGCGACAAAGCCUACAUCAUCUUCUUCAAGAACACCAAUUUCCUCUCGGAGUACUAGAAACGUGAACAGUUGGACUUGUUCCUCACAAUCAUCUCAAAAGCGAGGAACAGAGAGAACCACAAGUGUAUCAAAAAGAUCGUCUAGCUCAGCAACAACUUCUACUUCGAAUCAAUCUCGUGUUAUUAUCGCUAUCACAGAAGGAAGAGGAAAUGCUUGUGGUGAGGUUGGUCUUGCUGCUAUGGAUGUACAUCGUCCAUGUUUGAUCUUGUGCCAGCUCAGUGACACUCAUAAUUAUACCAACACGAUAGCAAAACUAAAUGUUCUCAACCCUGCCAUUCUCCUUUUCCCCAACACAAUUGUUGAAAAUCAAAAGAACUCAAAACUUCUCCAACGGAUCCAGAAGAAGUUGCCAGGGGUGGAUCAAAAAUCGGUGCACAGGAGAUUUUACAAUGACCAGGAGGGCAUGAACUCAGUAAAAUCAUUACAUUUGCCUGAAUGUUCAUCGAUUGAACUCCUUGUAGUGCGAAAGUACUUCACACUUGCGGCAGCAGCUGCUUUGGUUAAGUACGUUGAGUAUGUAGAGAAUGUAACACUCGCCUCCCAAUCAGUGCCAAUGGAAUAUCAAGCAGCUGGCGAAAAAAUGAUGAUUGACUUUGACACCAUGGACAACUUGGAACUCCUUCUCUCUCAAUCGAACAAAUGUGAGGCUCGAAGCUUGUUCGGAAUAUUGAAUCACUGCUACACUUUUGGCGGAAAGAGGCGAUUGCGAUCCGCGAUUUUGCAGCCAUCCUUCAUAGAAGAAGAUUUAAAUCAUCGGCUUGAUUGUGUUACAGAGUUGAUAAAUAACAUAGAAUUACGUAAGAGCAUUCAGGGCACUCUGGCAAAAAUCCCUGAUAUUGAUGCCCUUCUGAAAAUUUGCUUUGUUCCUGCUAACCGAAAAAUUGAUGACAGUUCUGUAGUUAUGAUCAAUUACGUGAUCUUGCUAAAAACAGUUCUUGAUGUUAUUCCAAGUUUGUACCAAAUCCUACAAACAACUGAGACCAAAUAUUUUGAGAAAAUGAUAAAAACUUUGACCGAUCCACGCUUCAAAGAUCUUGCAAAUGAGAUUGAUAAAAUACUGGACAAAGACACCACACGAGUUACGGGCUAUGCUGCAGCUCAAUUCCAGCGGUGCUUCGCAAUCAAGGCAGAUGUGAACGGCCUGUUGGACGUAGCGAGGUACACAUAUUCGGAGCUGGUCGCAGAAUUUCAGAUGAAAGUGAUGGAUCUUGCCGAGCAAUAUGAAUUACCCCUCAAAAGCCACAAUACAAGCUCCAAAGGAUUCCACAUCACACUGAAAAUUUCAGGUCGGCCUGAUUUCAGCAUCAAGAACUUGCCUGAUGUCUUUAUACAAGCUCAAAGGACAAAGAACGUUGUUACAAUGACUACUGCAGAAUUGAUUUUCCAGAACGAACGUAUAAAGCAAGCUCUUCAGGAGGUUCAGCUUAUGAGCAAUGCAGUGUUGCAGACAUUACUUCAAAAGAUAAGAGAGAACACUGGCUGCUUGUACAACAUUUGCGAUAGCAUAGCUGAACUUGACAUGAUCGUAUCACUGUCUCGGGUGAGCUCUACCAACGGAUAUGUUCGACCUAAUUUUGGAUCCAAAUUGGUCUUGAAAUCAGCACGACAUCCCAUUUUAGACUUCACCAACUCAUCUGUUCCCGUUGGAAACGAUGUUAUUGCUACGGAUUUGAAGAAUUAUCAUCUUAUCACUGGACCGAACAUGGGAGGCAAAAGCGCCUACAUAAAGCAGAUCGCUCUGAUUCAAAUUAUGGCUCAGAUUGGAUGCUACGUUCCUGCUGAACAGGCUGAAGUGAAGCUCAUCGACAAUUUAUUCUCUCGAAUCAGUUUUGAUGAUAGUAUUGAAUGUAAUGUCUCUCAUUUUACGUUGGAGCUCAAAGAAAUGGUUCACAUUUUGCACUCAGCAACCAAGAACAGUUUAGUGAUCAUUGAUGAAUUCUGCCGGGGAACAGCCACUGAUGAGGGGACAGCCAUCGCCUGGGCCACGAGCGAGGUGUUCAUCCAUUCAACAGUUCACACUUUCAUUGCAACUCACUUCCACUUUCUGAGUAGAUUGCAGUACUUGUAUCCUCAAGUCUCAUGCUGGUAUUUUGAUGCUGAGAUUAUCGCACUUGAAGAUGGAACCAAACCUCGGCUUCAUUUCACACACAAGCUACUACAAGGAGUUGUUAGCAUUGAAAAUUAUGGACUUAAAUUAGCAGAGAGCACAGCUUUACCUGAGCGCAUAAAAGAGGCUGCCAAUGUGCUGGCUAAGAACCUUGCUAAAACCAAAAAGAAGUUCCUGAACACCGCUUUAAGAGGACAAGUUAAAGAGGAAAUUGAAAUUGAUGAACUAUGUAUCAAUUUGAUAAACAUGGUCGACAACGAUCAGCUGACACUGGAGAAACUUAAUGCCAAAAUUACUACAUGUGAUUCAACAUACAACAGAACUUCCCAGACACUCUGCUCUGAGAGAGAGGAAGAUCACUUGACGCAAAAUAACGAAAACUCACAAAUCAUUGCUCCUGGCACCAUUGAGACACCUUAUACAGACAACGAAGAGGUCACUUUCAGAAUUGAAAAUUUGGGGAGUGAUGAAGAUUUGAUUAGUCCACAGACUACUCAAGAAAGUACAGUUUUGCCAACAGCAAAUAAAAACAGCGUUGUCAUUAAGUGCAAAAGCCAAGCAUUAGCAAAUUUGCAACAGUACAAUUCAUUCGACUCGGACGUGUCUAACGCAGAUUCUGAGAGAUCAGCUGAAUCAAACACAAUAAAUUACCACAGAGAUAUAGCAUAUGGUAAAUUCGCAAACAACGACAAUCAUAAAAGUUCAGAAAAAGAGAGUCCCAUAACAAAAAACGAUACAACCUUUACAAAGAACUCUUCUUUUGCCAAUUAUGAAACACCGAACUUCACUGAUCACAGUUCAACAUUGAUUAAUAUUUCUUGUCAGAGUUCUGAGAGUUCGUGUCAAUCUAUUAAAACAGGUGAAGAGUUCCAUGAUGUAAGAGAACUCGAAGCCCCUCAAGAUGCCGAAGAACAAGAAAUGGACGCACAAGGUUCAUUCUGGGAAUGCAUCAAAACAGUGAACGACAAGGUAAGGUAUCAAAGUGUACACAUGCGUUCACCGGUUAAACGCUUCAAGACUACAAACGCUGACUCUUGGUAUGGAAAGACUGCUCAGAACGAUACUUUGCCUUCGGUUUCUGUCAUAUCUGGAGAGGAACUCGCCGAUUUAGAAGAUGUAACUCCCUAUGCUAGUAAUAUUGGAGGAAACUCACACUGCGCAGUCAAAAAUUUAGACUCAAUGCUUACAGAGGAUUCUAUGAUCACAGAGGCCUCUAUGUUUACAGAAGAAUCUAUGUUUACAGAGGACUCAAUGUGCGCAGAGUCGGAGUUGAGUCAUAAUUCAGACUGUUCCACAAACUCCCAUAACAUUCGAUUAUUGAAAGAGACAGAUCAGAAAGAUGACGGAUUCUCUCUAUGGAGACAGACUGACAAUGAAACAAUAUGUUCAGAUCUUGACAUGUACCAGAUUUUGUCACAAGAAAGAAGCAGUCAAAAGUCAAGUCUCCAUCCAAAGUUGCAUGAAGUCUCUCUGACCUCACAAUGUUCUUCAAAACCAGGAUCCCCUUAUUACAACGGCGAAGAUGAAAAUACUUGUGAUAAUGAUAAUUCAAGAUUGUAAUAGAGGCAGAUAAAAUCUCUCGACGGCCUUCCCCAUGC